AUGACCAAGAACGGGGAAAAGCAACCUGCAAAAGACGAAGGGGACAAACCGAGUAAUGGAGACGGUUUGGAGACAUCAACGCCGUCGAAUUCAACAACAGAGCGCGAUGCGCAAACCAAAGAGAUGAGCACAAAGAACAACCAAAGCCCCCCUAAGGGUGCAGAUGGGACGCCUGCAAGUUCCAGCCCAAAGAAGCGUCGCAAAGUUAAUCACGCUUGUGUCUAUUGCCGACGAUCGCAUAUGACUUGCGAUUCGGACCGACCAUGUACUCGCUGUAUAAAACGCAACAUUGGCCAUCUCUGCCACGACGAACCGAGAGAAAACGUCAAGCGGGCGAAAAGCGAACAAGCGACUUCUGCGCCGGACGAAGAGGUUGCGCCAAACAAUGAUUUCGCAGGAGCUCAAAAUAUGCCACGGAAGAUCGAGCCGCAUGAGAUAAAUCAAGUGCUCCACAAUUCCAGUCUUCCCAAUCUAUCGACGUCCAUUGAUCAUUCUCGACCUCCUCAGCCUCAGCGUAUUUCCGCACACCCAGUCGAUGUUAAUCCGCAACAGCUUAUGAGCUACAACGAUUGGCGAUUCGGUACACAAAACCAAUUCCAAGACAUGCACACAUUUCAUCCAUCAUAUAUGUUCAACCAUCCCGAAGUUACGAACGAAUAUAAUCUGCUUAACGAUUUCCUGAGCACGAGUUUGCUUGACGACGCCUCCAUGUAUCCAGGGGAAGAAAUGCCCGGCCUCUAUUCGGAUUCGUCGUUACUCAAUUCUAUGUCAACCAAUUUAAUACCGCACAACAACCAAUCACUUCUUCAGCAACAGCAUCAGCAACAUCAACAACAACAGCACCAGCAACAACAACAGCAGCAGCAGCAAUCCAUGCUACCUCCAUCAAUACUUGCCGCUCAGUCCCAAAACGCAAAUGUGGGGAACUCGAUUCAACGCCCAAGCAGCAAUGUUGGAAAUGAGAAAGCCAAGGAAACUUAUUACAUGACGGCGGCUGAUCCUUCGGGGACGGACCCACCGGAAGAGAGGAUGAACAAGCUUCUGAAAGCCAAGUAUGAUGCUGGCUUGUUGAAGCCAUUCAACUACGUCGGGGGCUACGCGCGGUUGAAUUCGUACAUGGAGAAACAUCUAGAACCCGCAUCGCGACAAAAGAUCCUUCGCCAACUCGAUAAAUUCCGCCCUAAGUUCCGGGAACGGAUGCAAUCGCUUACAGACAUGGAGUUGUUGGUGGUUGAGAUGUGGUUUGAGCGGAGCUUGAUGGAGUAUGAUCGUGUUUUCGCGAGUAUGGCGAUACCGGCAUGUUGUUGGAGGAGAACCGGCCAGAUAUUCCGAGGGAAUAAGGAGAUGGCCCAGCUCAUUGAUGUUCCUAUUGAGUCUUUGCGAGAUGGUAAAUUGGCAAUCCACGAAAUCAUUGUCGAAGAUCAGCUUGUCAGUUACUGGGAGAAGUUUGGCGCCAUUGCAUUCGACAGUACCCAAAAAGCGAUGCUUACGAGCUGUACGCUGAAAAGCCCCAAUUCGAAUAGUCGAGCUGAAGGCAUCAAAUGUUGCUUUUCAUUUACGAUCCGCCGUGAUACACACAACAUCCCUUCUCUUAUCGUUGGAAACUUCCUCCCAAUGAAACGAACGGACCGGUGA